AUGAGUAAGCCUCGGCGUGUUUCAUGGAUGUCAAAUCCACUCACUUGGUUUACACAAGGCAGCGAUUCAGACCCUGCUGCUGCUGCUGCUGCUGCUGCUGCUGCUGGACCGCAGCAGCAGCAGCAACAGCAGCAGCAGCAGCAGCAGCAGCAGCAGCAGCAGCAGCAGCAGCAGCAUAUGCUGGAGGGUAUAAUGUCUUCAUCAAUAUUUUCUGCUGCUUCUUCUUCUUCCUUUAGCACAUCUCCUCAGCUAGCAGCAGCAGCAGCAGCAGCGACCGCAGCAGCAGCAGCAGCAACAGCAGCAGCAGCAACAGCAGCAGCAGCAGCAGCAGCAGCAGCAGCAGCAGCAUAUGCUGGAGGGUAUAAUGUCUUCAUCUAUAUUUUCUGCUGCUUCUUCUUCUUCCUUUAG